CAGGCUUGGAUGGUUCUCUGCCUCCUGCUCUGAGCUGUGCUGUUGGGUGCUGUGAGAGGACCCCAGGAAGCUCUGAAAUCCAGACAUGGAUGCAGUGACUUUUGAUGAUGUGCAUGUCAACUUCACUGAAAAAGAGUGGAAUUUGCUGGAUCCUUCCCAAAAGAAUCUCUACGAAGAUGUGAUGCUGGAGACCUACAGGAACCUCACUGAUAUAGGCUACAAUUGGGAAGACCACCACAUUGAAAAAGAAUUUCAACAUUCUAGAAGACACAAAAGGCAUGUAAGAAGUCAUAGUGAAGAAAAACCAUAUGAAUGUGAUCAACGUGGUAAAGCCUCUACAAGACCCAGUCAUCUCCAAUAUCAUAAAAUAAUUCAUACUGGAGAAAAACCUCAUAAAUGUAAUCAAUGUGGUAAAGCCUUUGGAAGACACAGUGAUCUCCAAAUACAUCAAAAAACACAUACUGGAGAGAAACCUUAUGAAUGUAAUCAAUGUGGUAAAGCGUAUUCACACCAGACAACUCUCAAAUAUCAUCAAAGAAGACAUACUGGAGAGAAACCCUAU